AUGUCUCGGCUCAGGCGUCCCCACGUCGCACCCUCUCAGCCAGGCUCCCGCAGGCGCCCAAACGAGCCGCCCUGGGCCCCUUCUCCGUGCGACCCAGCGGCCCCGCGUCCGGGCAGGGGAGGUCGCCCCGCCGGCCUCCUGCCUGCUCUCCCGAGUUCCCCCAAACUUCCUGGGCUCCAGGACCAGGAGUCCCGCAAAGACCUGCCGAGCGGAGGGAGCGGCGCGCUCGUGCCCAGCCGUGGCCCGCGCUGGGGCCCUGGAGCUGCAGCGCCCCCUCCGGCCCGGGCCUGCGGCCGCACCUUUGUGGCGAAUGCUGCGCUUCCAGUCCUUGGCCGUCUCGCGGCCGCUGACGAACUGGAACUCGUUGGGCGUGAGCCACUCGCCGCGGUGGCGGAUGGAGGGGCCCUUGCUGCCCUGGCACAGUUUGCGCACGUAGAGCAGCGCGCGGUUGGCGCCGCACUCCACCUCGAUGCACGGCUCGCCGUUGUCCAGCAGCGGCUGGAAGUCCGGGGCGGCGGCCGAGAAGCGCUCGAAGGCCAGCGGGUCCCGGGGCAGGCGGAGGUGCGGGCCGGCUUCGUGCAGGCUCAGAUGAGGAAACUGAGACAGAGAGGUCAAGUAACUCCCCUGACUCCAGGCAGCAGUGUCAAGUCCAGGAGGUUAUGACCCUGAAUCUGUACCUUCAGCUGUGACACUCAAGGGUCCACAGCCUGCCCUGAGGCUCCACAACCAAACUAGCCGUCUGUUCCCCACCUUGGCAUGGUCACCCCUGGCUCUCAGUUGCUCAGAUCGCUGCUUGUGUCAUAGACUCUUCCUCACUCACCAUACGAGUCUCCUCUGUCCUGCCUCCUAGACACCCUCAUUCCCAUGACCUAACCAACCUCUUUCACCUGUCACUGCUUCUGCGAUGCCCCCACACCCUGCCUGUCCUCCUGAGGGGCUGUCUGACCACUGUGCUCUCCAGGGCUCCUUGUGGAACUGUCCAAACUCUCUGCUGUCCAGACCCUGCAUCCGCUCCAGAGUCCAGCUUUUGGUUUCCCUGAAUCCACUUGAUGUCUGUGUGCAUCUGAGCGGUCCCCUCUGCCCAGAGCCCCCACCCCCAAUAUCACUGUCCUGCAGCCACCCAGGGCCCCUCACGAGUCUUGUGGCAUUUUUGCUUCCGUUAAAAAAAUUUAAAUUACAUUUUACAACUGUGUUAGUAUAAAGACAAGUAUAAUCCGUA